AGUCAAGCAAAAAUCAAAACCAACCUUUCACUUAUACACUCUCUAUUUUGCUUACUCUUCUUUCAAAAAAAUAAGAUAUAAAAGACCCCAUUCCUCAUAUUACUCACCAUAUAUCAAUACAAAAGGAAAAAUGAGCGGAUCGUCACCGUUAUCGUCUACAGCACCGUCUACUCCAAUACGAAUCACAUCGGGAUUUUCAUUCAAACGACGUUUCCGACCAUACUUUACCAAACGACAGCUGGCCACGUUGGGAAGUCUUAAGAAUUCCACAAAAGCAAUGGGUGUCGCGAAAGAAGCUUUUACGCGCAAUGUCAGCUGUAAAUUCAUUCAACAAGUUGGCAAAAAACUUGGCUUUCCCCAGGCUACCAUCAGCACUGCUCAAGCUCUAUACCAUCGCUUUUACUUGUACUACUCUGUUCGAGACUAUCCUCCACAGGAUAUCAGCGUGACAUGUAUCUUUGUCGCAUCCAAGAUAGAAGAAACCAUCAAAAAGUUAAAAGACAUAUGUGUGGCAGCGCACAGCGUACGAUAUCCGGACAGCAAAGAAUUGGAUCCAGAAAACGUUUCUGAAGAACGACGGAGGAAGGUCAUUGGGUACGAAAAGUUACUGCUCGAGACGCUCUGUUUUGAUUUCCAACAACGUCAUCCGUACGACUAUGUCGUCAAAUUUGUCAAAUGGAUACAAGCAUUUCAAACGCUCGAUGGAAAACGGCUGGCGCAAAAGGCAUAUCUCUUAGCAGUGGACAGCUAUCGAACGCCAUUAUGCGUCGAAUACCCUGCCCAUACCAUUGCAGCAGGCUGUAUUUUUUUGGCAUCCAUAUUGCUCAAGCACGGAGACAAAUCGUUUGUGGGAUUAGAAAGUGAUAAGCCAUGGGAUCAGUUUUUUUGUUCUAGAAUGGAGGAUAUUGAAGAUGUGUGCCAGCAAAUCCUCGACUUAUAUAUCAUCAACAGCUCACAAGACAGCGAGCAUUACACAGCGAUAAAGAUAGAAAUCAAUGAGCAGGCUCAAAACCGAGGACCGGAUCCCAAUAUGGAUGAUGCAACGAAGGAAGAAUUAAGCGCACGCUCGCCGGACUGGGAGUUUGAUGGAAUGACGACACCGUUGGAAGUGGUAAACACGAAUCAACAUACUGUAUGUUACGAAUUCUCCCUUUCGACGACAUAAUAAACUAAUAUCGCUUACUAUCAACCAAAAGAAAAGCAUCGUACGUCUCGUAUUUCCCAGAAGUUAGGAUGAUUUUGUGUGUGCGUAUGUGUGUGUGUGUGUGUGUUUUGAAAGAAGAAGCGAGGGUGGGGGGUUUUUUCGUGGUAGUGAGGAUGGUAUGAUAA